AUGAGCGUGCGGGCGGCCUUGAACGUGCUGCUGUCGCCGACUGCGAGUGCCGAUCUACCAUGUGACCUGGGACCUCGGUCGGAGCCUGCGGUGCGCGCCUGGUGGCACCGCGCCAACAGUCCGCAGGCGCCGCUGUACACGCUGGACGCGCUGCCGAGCCACCGCGGCACGGGUGGACUGGUCCAGGCGCGCCACUCGGUCGCCGACUCGCUGCGGAAUCGCGCCCACUUCUCGGCCGUGCGCCGGCCUGCGCUGCUCUCCAUAUCGUCGCUGCGCUACGAGGACCACGGUCUCUACGUCUGCAACGUUGAGUUCAAGUACGGGGCCCGCAAGAGCUACGAGGUGGAGCUCGAAAUCAUCGUGCCACCAAGCCAGCCCAUAAUAUUAGACGAAAAAAUGAACGUGCUCAACGGCACUGUGGGCCCUUACAACGAAGGAACUCUACUGAUCCUCAACUGUCUCGUCAACGGAGGUAAGCCAGAGCCCCGGGUGACGUGGCGUCAGGGUUCGGUGCACUUACACCGUGUAUACCACCAGAAGGAGCAGGACGGCCGCAAGGUGACGCUGCACGUGCGCACGCUCCGCCGCGACCACCUGGGCGCCGUGUUCACUUGCGAGGCGGCGAACUCGAACCUCACCGCGCCUGUCUCCACCUCGGUGACACUUGCUAUGAACCUGAAGCCCGUGCGCGCGGUGAUCCGGGGCAAGCAGGACUUCCUGUCAGCCGAGUUCCGCGCCGAGGUGGAGUGCGAGGCCGAAGGCUCGUUGCCGCCGGCGCUCGUCUCAUGGUGGCUAGACGGCGUGCGCCUGAACACGUCGCUCGCCCAGACUCGGCUGUCGGCCGGCGGCAACGUCACCACUUCGCUGCUUGGCUUCGUGCCCAGGGCGAGGGACAAUGGACGCCAGCUCAGGUGCGUCGCCACCAACCCCAGGAUGCCCGGACACGACCAAGUGGCCGACAACUGGGUGCUACAGGUGCACUACAAGCCCCGAGUCAGCUUGGCCUGGGGCAACAGGGUGAACCGGUCAAGCAUCAUGCAGGGCACCGACGUUUACUUCGAGUGCGAGGUCGACGCCAAUCCACGGCUCAUCGAGGUCUCGUGGCGCUUCGAGGGCCACGAGCUGCCCUCCCACAUCUCGAACUUCAUCGUGAGCAACCAGUCUCUGGCGCUGCGCGGCGUCCAGAGCUCAAAUUCUGGCCACUACUCGUGCGUGGCCGCAAAUUCCGAGGGUGCCUCGGAGUCCAACAGGGUCUUCCUCAGGGUCCAACAUGCGCCCGUCUGCGCUUCGAUGCAGCGCAGCGUGCAUCGGGCGGCUAAGAACGACGAGGUGCGCAUCCAAUGCUCGGUACGUGCUGAACCGGCCAACGUGACGUUCCAGUGGUCACUGAACGCCUCAUCGGGGCCGCGCCGCGAACUGGCCUGGGCGUCCGCCUCUGGCAACGAAGGCCUGGCGAGCAGCCUGCUGCUGUACGCACCCGAGAACGAAUCAGACUAUGGCAUUAUCAGCUGCUGGGCGCGCAACGCUGUGGGACCGGCCUCUGAGCCCUGCCUCUUCGAGAUCUUGCCAUCCGGGCCACCCCGGGCCCCGCAGAACUGCAGCGUGGUGCGCCAAGUGGCGGGUUCCCUGCGCGUGGAGUGCGCGGCGCCAGCCCCUCACCAGCCAGGCGUGCUCUACCAGCUGGAGGUGCGCGAACGGGGACGUCGGCUAGUGGCCAACCUGAGCUCGCUGUCCCCUUCCUUUUGGGUGGACGCUCUACCCGCGGGAAUCCAGUGUACGAUGCUCGUUUACGCCAUCGGGGGCAACGAGCGCUCGGCGCCCCUGAAGCUCACCGCCACGGUGCUCGCCAACGCUGCCCAGGGAUACUCGGAGAGAGGAAAACGGUGGGCGAUCAGUACGAACCUGCUGCUGCUUCUGCUAGUGGCCACCGGUCUGGUAUUUGUCCUGCUGCCUUUCAUCGUGGUCAUUGCGCUUAGAUACCGCAGGAAGCCGGCUGAGCCAAGAGCACCGGAAGAAAAGCCUGUUGCGCAAGAGAAGCACCACUGGAUCCAGCUCUCACAGGGAGUGGAGCUGAGAAGCGAGCCUGGUAUAUUUCCCGAAGAAGCCUUUGUCACUGCGAUGACGUCCUUCAAAAGGGGAGGACCCGCGGAAAGCUCAAGUCCUAGAGCGGACGCCCGCGCGUUGUGCCCCGCGCGAGACGUCUGCUAGGGGUCGACGUGGCCGCCAAGGAAGUCGACGCAAGAGUCGCGCUUGCUCAACAAAGCACUGCUGCACCAACGCGGUCCAUGUCCUCGCGGCGGUGCGGCGGUGCGGCACUGCAGUGGGCUGUCGCGAGCCUUAGAGGAAUCGACGUCGCUGCGAGCACGCGCACUGCGUGACACAACGCCGUGCAUGCGUGCAAAACGCUGACACUGAGUGCAUACGUCGACUUUGUUUUUCCAAUUGCCGUGAGUCACUUCACACACACACACACGCACACGAACAAACACACACUUUCCCAUUUGAGGUCGCACAGGGCGGGAUAUGUCUGCCGUAAAUACUGCACCGGCGUUUGUUUAUUCAAAAGGAUGGCCGGCGCUCGAUACAGCCGUCAUGUAAAUAGUGUAAGUAUAUCUGGCACUGAGUCCAUACACACUGCCUCGACUUGAGCGACUGAGCGCUUCCUUGAAACACGUUAAAGUGAAGAUAGAAGAAAGAAGUUCUAAGACGCUGGGACAAGCGUGCGAACAUUAGUGCCGCGACAGCUAGUUGGGGCGAAGCGGUCGUCAGAAAUAGCCUGCAGUGCGCCCCUCCCUUUUCCUCUUGCAUUCCACUGCAGACAAUUAAUCGUGAUAUUCGUAACUGUAGCUCUCACAAUCUGUUUAAUCAUUGCAGCAAAGCGUGAACACGAUCCGAGCGGCUAGAAACGUUAGCAGGCAGAACGAGGCUUGAGCUUCGUUUAAGUAGAAUGGGCAGGGAGAAAAUGCUUUAGCCAGACAUUUAGGAACGGCUUGCAAUGGCCAAUCGCGGAGAGGCAGUGAAUGUGCUGGCGGUUCCAUCGCGCUGUGGACGCAAAUGUGUGUGGUACAAUCGCAGCUACCUUACACGAGGACAGCAGAGCGCACUGGGUGUCAUCAACGCGAUGAAUCGUCGUGAGAGGCAACGUGCGUAGACCGGGAAAAUUACCUUGGUAGGCGUACGGCUGUGGUGCGUGGUCAUCUCGUGUGUGCGCGCACUGUCGCUAGAGAACUCAAGUUAAUGCCUUCGGCAAGUGUUCGAGUUUAUCAUGUGUUAUUUUUUUUUGUUCGUAAGUCUACGCUUGAGCAGACAGUGCGCGGAGUGUGUCGUGGACACUAAAUACCGGUUGAUGAAGUCGCUUAUUGUGGAACGUUUGCCUGUGUCGUUCACUGUAUUUUAGGCAUUAUGAAGAUGCUAUGAAAAUAUUGUUAUGAAAAAAAAAAGAACAUUCCUGCAAGGCUUUGAUGACAAUGACUAUGUUGCUAUAACUGAUAGUGUGACACUUUAAUUUACUCAGCCAGCAUAGUCUAGCCGGAUGUGCUUUCAGGGUAAUCAUCUGGUUACCGUGCUAUCCAAAUAUCUGUCCAUGUGAGUUGAUAACAGUGCUCGCUUUCCCGCAAUAAGGAUAUGUUUCUAGCCCAUGUUUUCGCAGACUCGCUCCGUUUUGUUACAUUAGGAACCUGUUGUUGUUUUAAUGCUGUUGCUGCGAUGGGGGGAUAAAGUGAAACAAACUCGAGUGCGGUGGAGCAACGCCUGCUUCUCCGGAAAAGCAAUACGAAAAGGAAAUAACAGCUACCCUCAACAUCAAAAAAGCAAAUGCAAUUUCGCGCCCAAGUAGAAACUUGUGUGAUUGCAAGCCUCUGUCGCAUGCACAGACCAGAAUAUAAAACGCGGCAUCUGUGGAGCCUUUUUUUUUUGUUUCGUGCAUGUGGGACUAGGUGCCGUCGUCACUUUGGGUUAAGAUGUGAAUUAGGAAAGGAGAUUUGCAGAAUGAAUUAAGACGGAUGGGACGGACAACAGAGUGGGCCGAAAUUCCCACUGCACAGAUUGUGGAGAGAGUAAGUUUGAUUGUAAGUUAGCUUGCUGUAUUUAAGUUUUCCUACUGUUCAAGUUCACAUUAUGCGGUUUUUCUUUAAGAACAAAAAAAAAGAGAAAGAGAACAACAAAAACAUAAAUAACGCGGGUAACAUUGCGACAUGCGACGGCAUUUUCACGCUAAUCUGCAUAAGUCUAGCGCUCUCGUGG